AUGGGUGAAUGCAGCCAAUUUGAUACUAAUGAGGUACCCUUCUCUCAGAGACCCGUCGUAAUCCUUGGUGCAGGGAUCAUUGGUUGUGCGACUGCCCGGCAAUUGCUACUGAAUGGAUUUCCCGUGGUAUUGGUGGCCGAAUAUCUACCGGGAGAUCAAAAUAUUUACUAUGCAUCGGCUUGGGCAGGAGCAGCGUGGCAUGCUGCUGGGGACAUCACUCCUGAUCAACGGUACCUUCAAGCUGUCACACAUCGCAUACUACUCAAGAUGGCCCAAGAUAGCCCCGAGGCAGGGGUGAGCAUUGUCAACGCACGAGAAUACGUGGAAGAAAAACCUGCUCCUGACUCGGCGAUAUGGGGUAAGACGGUAGUCUCCAAGUUUCGUGAGAUGAGUCCUGGUGAAUACCCUCCCAAUUUCAACUGUGCCUGGGCCUAUGAAACGCUUGUCACAGAUCCCACGAGACACAUGCCUUAUGUUAGGAAACAAGUGGAGUCUCUUGGGGGGCAGUUUAUCCGCCAACGUGUCGAGUCUCUCCAGGAGCUGUAUGAGAUGUUCGCCAAUUCACGGAUAUUCAUCAAUGCAAGUGGUUGGGGCAGCAAAACACUGACGGAUGUGCAAGAUGAGAGGUGUUUUCCGGAGCGAGGUCAGAAUGUGUUUCUGGCCACUGAUCAAUGCAGCACACUCUACUUCCGAAAUGGCAAGGAAUACACCUAUGUGAUUCCUCGGCCUCUAUCCAAGGGGGGUGGUCCUAGAUCACCUGAAGUUGAUAUGGAUAUCGCGAGGGAUGAGAUUGCACGCGCACAUCGGUUAGCUCCUGAGAUUGUUCCCGAACACCCAGCUGCAGACAGGGUGAGUUAUAUUAUUGGAAUCCGACCAUCCCGAAAAGGAGGAUUCCGUCUGGACUCGGAGAAAAAGGGUAACCGGGUGGUUCUAUCGGCAUAUGGAUUUGGUGGUGGUGGUUAUGCCUUUUCAUAUGGGAUUGCCGAUGCGUUAGUUAAGAUGGUGGAGAUGGCGGAACGUGAAAAUGUGAUUUCGUAG